AAAAAAAGGAUCACCAACCACAAAAGGUACGACAUGCAACCACCACUCUUACCCAAAUGACAAAGAUGAGAACACCUACCUCCCACCAUAUUUGAAAAGCUCUGAAAACUCCGUCACCAUACGCCCUCUUCCUUUUAAAGACUUCCUUUUGUACUAUUUGCAACAGCAAUAACGACACCAACACAAACACAAGUACGCAUAUAUCCAACCAACCAACCAACCAGUUUGGACCGUGAUAGAGCCGCGCAGACACAGAGCGAGACCAAGAAUGGCGAGUUCUGGAGUAGCAUUGGACGACAUACCUUCUGUUGAUAUCAUGACCGAACUCCUCCGCCGCUUCAAGUGCUCCUCCAAGCCUGACAAGCGUCUAAUUCUCGUCGGACCACCGGGAUGUGGAAAAGGCACACAGUCGCCAAUUAUCAAGGAUGAGUACUGCUUGUGUCAUUUGGCAACUGGUGAUAUGCUGAGAGCUGCAGUGUCUGCUAAAACUCCUCUUGGAAUCAAGGCUAAAGAAGCCAUGGAAAAGGGAGAACUUGUAUCUGAUGAUUUGGUGGUUGGGAUCAUUGACGAAGCUAUGAAGAAACCAUCAUGUCAAAAAGGUUUCAUCCUGGAUGGUUUUCCGAGGACCGUGGUUCAAGCACAAAAGCUUGAUGAGAUGCUUGUGAAGCAGGGGGUUAAAAUUGACAAGGUUCUCGACUUUGCAAUUGAUGAUUCCAUAUUGGAGGAGAGGAUCACUGGUCGUUGGAUACACCCUUCGAGUGGUCGAACCUACCACACAAAAUUUGCACCUCCCAAGGUUCCUGGUGUUGAUGAUGUCACAGGAGAACCUUUGAUGCAACGGAAAGAUGAUAAUCCGGAAGUUCUCAAGUCAAGGCUAGCAGCCUUUCAUACACAAACCAAACCAGUUAUCGAUUAUUAUGGCAAGAAGGGUGUUCUUGCACAGCUUCAUGCGGAGAAACCCCCAAAUGUGGUCACUACUGAGGUUCAGAAGGUUCUCUCGCAGUAAACUUUUUUUGUUAUCUACUCUAUUGUAACCUGAGACAUUCUCAGAUCGGCUGAUUUUCCCCUUUCUUUCAAGUUUUAUGUGCCUUGACUUCGAGGCAGUUGCUGCUGUUUUUAAGAGUUUUCAUAGAUGCUGUUGACUUGGCUGCAUAAUAAAAAAAAAGUUGACAGUGAAAUUUCUGAAAUUUGUGACACUAUUUGAAAAUGAGGACUCUUCAAAAA